UCCAGUCGGUGCCUGGUGGCUGAUCCAGAAGAAUGCCUCAGUUCCUGCUUCUCACCUGCCUCUUCGUCACAGUUACACCCGCGGCACCAAUGGCCCUAGAUCCUUGUUCUGCUUACAUCAGUCUGAAUGAGCCCUGGAGGAACACUGACCACCAACUGGAUGAAUCUCAAGGUCCACCUCUAUGUGACAACCAUGUGGACGGGGAGUGGUACCGCUUCACGGGCAUGGCGGGGGAUGCCAUGCCCACCUUUUGCAUACCAGAAAACCACUGUGGAACCCACGCACCUGUCUGGCUCAAUGGCAGCCACCCCCUAGAAGAUGAUGGCAUCGUGCAACGCCAGGCCUGUGCGAGCUUCAAUAGGAACUGCUGCCUCUGGAACACCACGGUGGAGGUCAAGGCUUGCCCUGGAGGCUACUACGUGUAUCGUCUGACCAAGCCCAGUGUCUGCUUUCAUGUCUACUGUGGCCAUUUUUAUGACAUCUGCGAUGAGGACUGCCACGGCAGCUGCUUGGAUACCAGCGAGUGCAGGUGUGCUCCAGGGACCGUGCUGGGCCCCGACAGGCAGACAUGCUUUGAUGAAAAUGAAUGUGAGCAAAACAAUGGUGGCUGUAGUGAGAUCUGUGUAAACCUCAAGAAUUCAUAUCGCUGUGAGUGUGGGGCUGGCCGUGUGCUAAGAAGUGAUGGCAAGACUUGCGAAGACAUUGAAGGAUGCCACAACAGCAAUGGCGGCUGCAGCCAUUCUUGCCUUGUGUCUGAGCAGGGCUACCAGUGUGAAUGUCCCCGGGGCUUGGUGCUGUCUGAGGACAACCACACUUGCCAAGUCCCCGUGCUGUGCAAGACCAACACCAUCGAAGUGAACGUCCCCAGGGACCUGGUCGGCGGUCUGGAGCUCUUCCUGACCAACACCUCCUGCCGAGGAGUGUCCAAUGGCACCCACAUCAACAUCUUCUUCUCCCUCAAGACGUGUGGCACGGUGGUCGAUGUGGUAAAUGACAAGAUCGUGGCCAGCAACCUGGUGACAGGUCUCCCCAAGCAGACCCCGGGGAGCAGCGGGGACAUCAUCAUCCGGACCAGCAAACUGCUGAUCCCCGUGACCUGCGAGUUCCCGCGCCUGUACACCAUUUCUGAAGGGUACGUUCCCAACCUUCGAAACGCCCCGCUGGAAAUCAUGGGCCGCAGUCACGGAAUCUUCCCGUUCACUCUGGAGAUCUUCAAGGACCACGAGUUUGACGAGCCUUACCGGGAAGCUUUGCCCACCCUCAAGCUUCGAGACUCCCUCUACUUCGGCAUUGAGCCCCUGGUGCACGUGAACGGCUUGGAAAGCCUGGUGGAGAGCUGUUUUGCCACCCCCACUUCCAAGAUCGACGAGAUCCUGAAGUACUACCUUAUCCGGGAUGGCUGUGUUUCAGAUGACUCAGUGAAGCAGUACACAUCACGGGAUCACCUAGCAAAGCACUUCCAGGUCCCUGUCUUCAAGUUUGUGGGCAAAGACCACAAGGAAGUGUUCCUGCACUGCCGGGUGCUGGUGUGCGGCCGGCUGGAGGAGCGCUCCCGCUGCGCCCAGGGCUGCCACCGCAGAGCGCGGCGCGAGGCCCGCGGCGGGGACACCGGUCUGCAGAGCCGGACGCUGACAGGCGGCCCCAUCCGCAUCGACUGGGAGGCCUAG